ACUUCAGAGGGUAUUGAAUAUAUAACAGAACGAGGACAACGACGUCCUGCCGAUUGGCCCAAAGAAUUCUCAGAAGAACCUAUUAAAGAAGAAAUUAAAUUAAAUCCGGGUGAAAAAGCUUGGAUUAAAAUAGCCAAAUUAGAUCAUUUUCCGGAUGAUGGCGGACAGGUCGUUAAAUAUGGGGACGUACAAAUAGCGAUAUAUAAUACACAUAAAAAGACUCAAUGGUAUGCAACACAAAACAUGUGCCCACAUAAAAGAGCAUUCGUAUUGUCACAAGGGAUAGUAGGUGAUGAAGACGGGACUAUUAAAGUGAGCUGUCCGAUGCAUAAAAAGAACUUUGCAUUGGAGACAGGUGAAUGUUUAUCAGGAGAUGUAAACUUGAGACUGAUGACCUUUGAUAUCAAGGUAGAAGAUGAACAUAUUUGGUUACAUCUUCCACCAACUCACGAACUUGAUCGAUUACUUGGAACUAGCAAAUGGAAGGUCACCAAAAAUGGGAAAAAACAAAAAGAAAGAAUAAUGGACAGAUCAGAAUCAAAGAUCCAGAUGUUAGGAACGACAAAUUCUUCCGGUUGUGCAGAUGUUUCAUGUGGUGAUAAGAAAUUGGAUUG